GCUGCGCGCGCUCCUGCUGGGGCUCCGCGCGGGGCCCUGCGGUGGCCGCGAUGUUCAGCUGGCUGGGUUCCGACGACCGCCGCAGGAAGGACCCCGAGGUCUUCCAGACAGUGAGCGACGGGCUCAAGAAACUCUACAAGAGCAAGCUUCUGCCCCUGGAAGAGCAUUACCGCUUCCACGAGUUUCACUCGCCUGCCCUGGAGGAUGCGGAUUUCGACAACAAGCCCAUGGUCCUGCUGGUGGGCCAGUACUCCACCGGGAAGACCACCUUCAUCAGGUACCUGCUGGAACAGGACUUCCCCGGCAUGAGGAUUGGGCCCGAGCCCACCACCGACUCCUUCAUCGCGGUGAUGCAGGGAGAGGUGGAGGGAAUUGUCCCUGGCAACGCCCUGGUGGUGGAUCCUAAGAAGCCCUUCCGGAAACUGAAUGCCUUUGGCAAUGCCUUCUUGAACAGGUUCGUGUGUGCCCAGCUGCCCAACCCCGUGCUGGAGAGCAUCAGUGUCAUCGACACGCCGGGCAUCCUCUCUGGGGAGAAGCAGAGGAUCAGCCGAGGGUAUGACUUUGCGGCUGUCCUCGAGUGGUUCGCCGAGCGGGUGGACCGCAUCAUCCUGCUCUUUGAUGCCCACAAGCUGGACAUCUCCGACGAGUUCUCAGAAGUCAUCAAGGCCCUCAAGAACCAUGAGGACAAGAUGAGGGUUGUGCUCAACAAGGCCGACCAGAUCGAGACGCAGCAGCUGAUGCGGGUGUAUGGGGCCCUCAUGUGGUCCCUGGGGAAGAUCGUGAACACCCCAGAGGUGAUCCGAGUCUAUAUUGGCUCCUUCUGGUCUCACCCCCUUCUCAUCCCUGACAACCGGAAGCUCUUUGAGGCUGAGGAGCAGGACCUGUUCAGAGACAUCCAGAGCCUGCCCCGAAAUGCUGCCCUGCGGAAGCUCAACGACCUCAUCAAGAGAGCCAGACUGGCCAAGGUCCACGCCUACAUCAUCAGUUCUCUGAAGAAGGAGAUGCCCUCCGUUUUUGGAAAGGAUAACAAGAAGAAGGAGCUGGUGAACAAUCUGGCUGAGAUUUAUGGCCGGAUUGAGCGGGAGCACCAGAUCUCACCCGGGGACUUUCCCAACCUGAAGAGGAUGCAGGACCAGCUGCAGGCCCAGGACUUCAGCAAAUUCCAGCCACUGAAAAGCAAGCUGCUGGAGGUGGUGGACGACAUGCUGGCCCAUGACAUCGCCCAGCUCAUGGUGCUAGUGCGGCAGGAGGAGAUACAGCGGCCCGUGCAGAUGGUCAAGGGCGGCGCCUUCGAGGGCACCCUGCAGGGCCCCUUCGGGCACGGCUACGGGGAGGGGGCGGGGGAGGGCAUCGAUGACGCCGAGUGGGUGGUGGCCAGGGACAAGCCCAUGUACGAUGAGAUCUUCUACACCCUCUCGCCGGUGGAUGGCAAGAUCACGGGCGCCAAUGCCAAGAAGGAGAUGGUGCGUUCCAAGCUGCCCAACAGCGUGCUGGGCAAGAUCUGGAAGCUGGCGGACAUCGACAAGGACGGAAUGCUGGACGACGAGGAGUUUGCGCUGGCCAAUCACCUCAUCAAGGUCAAGCUGGAGGGACACGAGCUGCCCAAUGAGCUGCCCGCCCACCUCCUGCCCCCCUCCAAGAGGAAAGUGGCCGAGUGAUGGGGGGUGGGAGGGGAGGGGGCACCGAGCAGGAAGGAGUUAGAGGGGUGGGGAGAGGCAGUGAAACACACUCGCACACACUCACAUACACACGCACACAGAUCUUAAGAAUCGCACUGCAGCUGAGGGGACAGUGAGCCCCCAGCAUUCCAGGCUGCUCUUUGUUUGGACACAUCCGCAAGUUCUCAGCAUUGGUAGAAGCACACGAGCACUCCCGGCCCAGGUUUCAAGCCCAGGUCUCACCCCUGUCUCCCUCCCAUCCCCUGCUACCCAGAGACUUGCCUUCUCCCUCAGAGGAGGCUGUGCACAGGCCGCAGAUGGUCCACCCACCCCAGCUCCCCUAGUGGCUCUGAAUCUGAGCAGAUGGAAAGGCUUUUCACUUAAUAAGCAAUUCCCCUUGUUUUCUGUGCUUUGGCUUCCCAAUGUGAGAUCUGGUCCAGGACUAAGAGAUGUGAGGGAAGGGGGCAGCUACAGGGAGGGGAGGGCAAAGCCAAAUUCUCUGGGGGAACCGGACCUCAUACUUGAAGAGACAUGGAUGCUGAGCUCUGGGCUGUCAACCUUGGACUUUGUCUUCCUGCGCAAGCCUGGCUUUGAACUCAGCGGGCACUUCAUUUCAGAGAAUCGCAGAACCAGGGAGAAAAGAGAAUCUUUCUGCGGGAAAGAAAGCAAAGAAACUGCUCUCCUCUCCUCAAAGUCAUCAGGGUGGUUUCAUUGCACAUUUUCUGAGAUUCAUGUUUUUCUACCUGGCCUCUGGUGUUCAUGCUCAUUCUCCAUUCACUUUUACCAGCCACUCCUGUGUCCGGCACAUUAUAUAUGUCGUCCCACAUGGCCCUCAAGAUCAACCCCCACGGAAGUAUGCACAGCUCUCCCGCCUCCCAUUUUGCAGACAAGCAGACUGACACUCAGAGGAGUUUAGGUGACCUUCUCAAAGUCACGGAGGUCACCUGUGAUGGACGGGGACUCAGUGCAGGGCCUCAGGUGUGCAGUUUCCCCGGGGCAUCAACCCCGCCCCCCCACCCCCUCCCAAAGCCGGCUGGCCAGGGGAAGGGUGGUCAGCAUUGGAUGGGCCAGCAUCUGUCACAUCACAGAAGCAACCAGUGCCUUCUGGCUCUGUGCCCUGUGUUCCCAAGCCACAGAAGUCUGGCACCCCAGCGGAGAGUGGGCCGGCCUGCUGGAUGUUGUUCGUGCCUGUCCCUGCUCCGCCUCCCCUCCAGUAGCUUGACUCAUCCUAGCUCGGUGUCAGCCACUGACUCCUACAAGCGAGACCUCGUGCUUAUUCUCAGAAGGCCAACCAGAGAGGUGUGAGGUGGGGUUUCCUGCAGGCCCCCCUGUGACUCUGCAGUGUCCCUGGAGAAUCCCUACACUCAGAGCCCUGCCCCUUGGCUUGCUUCAUGGCCCCUGGCCCAGUCACUUUCUUUGCUAUGCCCCAACUGUGGUGGAAAACAAAAUCAAGUAUAACUUAUUUUAUAUCUAUGGUCAGACUAUAGAGAAUAUUCUAUGUAUCUCUGAUGUGCUUACUACUGCAGAGCGUUCGUCACUAGUAUUCAUGUUAAUACAGCGCAUUUAUCCUUUGGUACCUGCUUGGCCACAGAAUCUCAUUUCCUGGAGGCUGAGUGAGAGGGGCUGGUUGUUACCUGGGGAUCCGGGUGGUGUCCUGGCAGCAGAUGGAGCCGCCCAUAAGCAGUGUCCAUGUGCAGCAUCAUCUGGCCCAGUGAUUGCCCAGGCUGACCCGCCACUCUGGCAUAGAGGUGGUCCCCAAACUUUUGGGCUGCCCUCUGCAUCCACACUUCUCUUUCACGUACAAUGAGGGGCAAGGCAAUGAGGUCUAAUCUCUAAUUCCUGACUGCCAAGGCCACCUAUCUGUGAGCUGGAGGAGCUGGGACGGGGACAGCAGAAGGAGGCAGUGUCUGUAUUUUAGAAGAAAGGGCCAUGUCGGAGUCCCCUCUCCCCCACCACUUGGACACAAUCUCUACCUUCCUCCUCUCUACCUCUCCCACCGCUUCCUCCUCCAGACCACAUCCAGAGCAGAUCUGUAAGCAUGGGUGUUCCAGGCCAGCUCUCUCCCCACCUCCGGGGAAGAGGAAAUGAGAUACCUCUCCAAGGGGCAGCAGGCAAUUAAGGGACACUUCUAUGGGGCUGGGGUUUCCUACAGGCCCCCCUGUGACUCUGCAGUGUCCUUGGAGAAUCCCUACAACUCAGCGCCCUUACCCUUAGCUUGCUUCAUGGCCCCUGGCCCAGCUCUGACUGCAGCUGCCUCAGACUACUGAUCUGCAGUCUUCAGGGAUCUGGGGUAUCCCAUGCCUCAGCCUGGGGACCAUUUAUGGAAAUCAGACAUGUCAGAGAAGGUGAGCAGGCAAGGCUUCCUAGACACCCACUGUCCUGUUGAGUGACAGACUUCCCCACCCUCAGCCUGGGCCAUGGAAAUCACCAGGUGGGAAGUACAACACUGCACCUCUGGCCAGGGAAGCUUGUCCCUGGUGCCUAGAAACUAUAGCAUAAGCAAAGGUAGUCUUAUGCAGGGGCCCUGUUGGCCCACCCACUCACCCAUCCACCAUCCAUCCAUCCAUCCUUUCUUUUACUCAGAAGAUACUGAGAAUCUACAGAAAAGGCCCUAGGUGGCAACAGACUUUCAUUCAUUGUGCCAUUCAAAAUUACUUAAUAAAUACUUUUUGGGGCAAGUCCAUAUAGACUGAUGAAAUCAAGUUCUGGCUCUCAAAGAGCUCACAGCCUAGCUGGGCAUUGAGGCAUUUAUACAAACAUUUAUAAUAUAAUAAGGGGCCCAAAACAGGCACAGCAGGGGUUCGUGAAAGGCAGAAAUGGCUUCCAGUAGGGGAGAGGGUCAGGGUGGAUGCUUGAGCUUAGCCAGAGAAACCCAGGUCUGCCCCUUGUGCCUAUGGUCUUCCUCCCCAGUCCAAGAAAGAGAGAUGGGAUUUUUAUGCAAAAGUAAAUGCACAGCCUCCGCAGCCCAUAAAAUCCUGAUAAACCAAGAAGCACUGAUGUAUUCAAGAAAGGCAUGAUCAGAAUUUUUGUCUCUGGGGACUGUGCUGGUUUUUCACAGGCCAUUCUUAGUAAAAUUUUUUAUCAGUGUCUAAAGUUGAAAUUUUUAGUUUCCCAAGGAAGAGAAAAACGGUGAGCGGGGAAUGUAAAUUAUCCCAGCUGCGUGAUGAGGGCCCUGGUGGUGUAGGGAACUCAGCUCUCCCUCUCCCUGCCCCUGGACCACUGGAGGUCACCAGGACUGUCCACCAAGUUUGAUUUUCUGGUCCUUCUGGCACAGGUGAAGGCCGAACUUUCUACCCGCUGAUGUUGGACAAGGACAUGACUUACUUGGGCUAGUGAAACAUGAGUGGUAGCACCUAGUCCCUUCCCUGCAGAAACAAGUGUGUCAUUAGUCACAUUCUACAUUUCCCCCCUUGCUGGGCCUGCCUGUGUGAGCAAGUGUGAAGGAAGAGGUUUGGUCAGCCCAAGUCCCUGAAACACUGAAAUCCCCACCAGACUGCACUGAACAGUUGGCAUGAACAAGAUAUAAAUCCUAGUUACUUUAAUGUUAUGGGCUAUUAGUUACCCAGCAUGAACUAUCCUGAGACCCUCAUGAGCAACACACCUGGCAGGUUCCUACAAUACUUGUCUGCUGAGCAAGUGUCACGGGGAGGAAGUUGCCGAGGAGACUGAGUUCCUAGCUUUUCGUACACCAAGAUCACCUGAAGCUGAAGGUGUGGGUGAUGUGCACAAAGCCAUUUAGUGUCUCAACCAUCUCCUGCAAUGUCCCAGACCCCAACUGUUCAACCUCACUUUUUUGUAAUUGCAAUAAAAUACAUAUGACAUAAAAGUUCCCAUCUUAGCCAUUUUUGAGUGCAAAGUUCAGUGGUAUGAAAUACCUUCUAAUUAUUGUAGACAACACUUUUUAAGUUGAAGAAGUUUGCACUCAUGGAGUCCAACAGUGCUAGGACGUGUCUUCCAUCAUCAACACUGGGAAGAAACUAGGCGUGUGUAUACCCGGAGCUAAACAGAGGGUGUAUGGGUUGGAAAGAGAGAAAACAGGAAUCCCAGACUCCCUUGAAGCCAGGUUUAGGAUGUGAUGUGAUUUUAGGUUCUGCCAACAGGACAUCUUACCCCUAGUGUUA